GAACAAUUGCCGGGGCUCGCGGCCAAGCUCGCGUCCUCGACGCUAGAGAGCUUCCAUCUUUGCUCUUGGGGGCAACAAAAGAUUGCGUCGCCCACCAUGGCUGCCUUGCCGUCCAGCUUGAAAUCGCUCAAGCUCAGCAACGUCAUGACGGCGAACUUCCCGCAACUGCCCGAGCUCCAGCGCCUCCGACUGCGCACCGUCCACUUGUCCAAGAACGCUCUCGCCGGUCUCAACGAUAUGCUGACGUCCUCGAAAAGGCUCGUGCGGCUCGACCUUCCAUCGUCAAUGUUGUCGGCGGCCCAACUGGAAGCGAUCCUGUACGUGCUGCCGCGCUGGCUCGGUCGCCAAGAACGUCAGUGCUUUGUGGGUCUUGGCAUGAACGAGUCGUGCGAGCCGUUUAUUGCAGCCGCCAUGACUAAGACGCACAAAACGCAACCCGUUGAGUGCUUGCUGGGUGGUGUCGGCCCGACGCUGGAUUUCGUCGACACGCAGCGCCGCCUCGUGAUAGCCCUUGGCACGACGUCGCGGAUGAAGGUGAAGUUUGUGACGAUGCCACGUCCCAACGACGAAACAAACCUCCAGGCGUACGCAACGGCGCACCAGAUGCAGUACUCGGUGGGGUAUUACCGGUCGCCUCUCAACUCGCCGUGGAUGGCAAUUGCAUCGGCUCAUUGUACAUAUAUUCCGAAAAUAACGCGGUGA